CCGAAAAUGCCCAUAUCCAGCGGCGCGCUCGACUGGCCGGUUAGUUAUUAUUCCAAACCGACAGCCGUGGAAAACGUCGUCACCGGAUACGACAACCUUGACCCCUGGUCACGUCAUCAUGCCUACCGUAACUGGACAUGGAAGAAGAUGCGAAACAAUCGGAAGAAGAAGAAGGACAAAGACUCCCCCGAAGAGAAACGGCUUCACCGUAGGCGAUGUUGCUGUUGUGUGUUAUGGUGGUUGACGGCGCUGCUUCUCAUCAUCCUGACUCUCGUUCUCUUCAUGGUGUUCUGGACCAGAUACAGAGGCAGCAACCUCCCAGAUAUAAACUUUGACGAGUACGAGAAUAUUCCCUCCUGCCACGGCACGUGGAGAAAGACGUUCAUACUGUGCAACAGCAGCACUCGUCCCAAUGUCACUUACCAGUGUUGUUACGGGGUGGACGCCCUGAAGGCUGUAUCAGGUCAUGGCGACGCAUGGCCUGGUGGUUGGACAUUUGAUGGACCGUGUAAGGGAUGCAAGCUAAAAGCUUUUUCCAAACAGCGCUACAGACUCCACAACUCUUCAAGAGAUCGACCGAGAACUGAUAGACCAAGGGUCACAACUCCAGCGCAGGACCGCAUCAUCCGGGUGUUGCAUCUUCGCAACCGGCCAUUGUGGAACCUCGGCAGCAGUGCACGUGCUCUUACCGCAGAUGGUUCACUCCACAACAGACGCUAUUGGCUCCCCGAUAGAACAGUUGCCCCUUCAGGCAACUUAGCCACCAGUGAGGACACGUCUGGUGUGGAAGGGGUUCCAACAGUUGUAGAACCACUUGUAGCAAUUACUGGAGUGGCAGUGAUGUCGUCAGAUGAUUCUACAACCGCAGGAGCUCCAACAACACCAACAGCACUGACAGAAGGUGCCUGCUCUAUCCGUGGAAAAGCCUCAACACCUUGGGACAUACCAGAGGACACAUGA